UGGAUCGGGGCGGAGAGGAGAGCAGAGACGCGGCCCGUUGCUCCCUCCUGUUACACAGAGACACACACAGACACAGAGACACACACAGACAGACACAGAGACACACACAGACACACAGACAGACAGAGAGACGAGAGUGGGCAGAGAUCCACCGAGGGAGAGGCAGGGGCAAGGUGACCGCGAGUCGCACCGAGACAGGCGGAGGGACACGAACAGGGAAACGCGAACGGAGGAGACAUCGGGGGCAGUGCAGGGAAGAGACACGAAGACAAGGAGACAGACAGGGGGCAGACGGACAAGGGUAUACAUAUAUACGGUACAGAGAGACGUAGGAAGAGAGACACAGGGACAGAGAGACACGCGUGAGACAAGGGGAGACACAACGAGAGAGCCCUGAGACCAGGGAACACAUACGGGAGAGCGAGGACAGGGAAGAUCCGCACGGAGGGAGAAACAGACAAAGGCAGAGAGACAGAAGGACAUAAAGGGUUAAGACAAACGGGGGAGAGAUAGGACAGACGGGGACACACACGGACACUGGCAAUCGGAGUGACAGAUGCAUAUGUUGGGGGGGAGACACAACGAGAAAGACAGACGCUGAGAGACGGACAGGGCCCAUCAGUGGCACGUGAGACACAAGCAUAUUGACAGGGUGAGAAGGACAGACGGGGGGGGGGGGUAUCGGGGAGAAUCGCACAAAGACACAACCCAUAUCAGGAAGUGAUACAUGCGGUGGCAUUGACAAAGGAACAGAGACACGCAGAGCAGCAGGAAGUGAUAGCGAGCGCAAGACACUGGGAGGGAGACAACACCGACGGACACGUAGCAAGAGGGACAGCACGGGGACAGACGAGAGAGGCAGCCAGCGACAAGCAGCAAGCAAGGCGAGAGGGGAACAGGCCGGGGGUAAGCACAAGCCACGAGGAAGAGACACGGGGAGACGUGAAGUUACAGGACAGACGAGUAGAAGGAGAGACAGAGACUCUGGCAGGAGGGCAGCGCCUCUAAACCUCGUGCCACCAGAGCAUUGGCGUGGACUGGACCCGAGACCGAACCGCAGGGAGAGAGCGACCGCCCCCAUCGCACCUCCUGCUGCUGCUCGCCAGCAGCCAGAGCCCCCGAGGCAGGACCGUGAGGAGGAGGGGAGAGGGAGUCGCGCUCCGCGGGAAGACGAAGCAGCAAGAAGCAGCAGCAGCAGCAUGGCCCCCAACAAACACGCCAGCGGCAAGGCCGCCUCCUCCUCCUCGGCCACGGCCUCCUCAGCGCUCGCCUCCUGCAACAAGAAGGCCAGCAUGGAGCAGAUACAGGCGGACCACGACCUCUUCAUGCAGGCGUUUGAGAAGCCAACUCAAAUUUACCGCUUUCUCCGGACAAGAAACCUAAUAGCGCCGAUUUUUUUACACAGAACUCUGACCUACAUGCCUCAUAAAAACUCCAAGUCAACCAGCGAAAAAAGGAAAGUUUUCAAGUUGGAUGAAAUGCUGUCUCGGGUCGAAGAUCAAAUGAAGGGGGACCCCAGCGCUCCAAGCACACAAUCGGGACAUUUGCAGCUAAACUUCACUGGAUUUUUCCACACGAGUGGCACAGAAAAGGCAACGCAAAACUCUGAGAACGAACAGAACUCGGCAAUACUGGAGGUGCUCCUCGUCAAAGUGUGCCACAAGAAACGCAAGGAUGUGAGCUGCCCUAUCAAGCAAGUGCCUCUGGGUAAAAAGCAGGUGCCUUUGAACCCACCGGUGGUGGGCGGAGCCAGCAAGGCAGGGGCGGGGGCGGGCUGCCCCUCCCUCUCCAUCCCCCAUGGGGAGUUCCAGCCAGGGAAUCCGCAUCUCGUCAAGUCCUACUCGCUGCUGUUCCGCAUCUACCGGCCGCUCGGGCGCGAGGGUCAGGGGGCUGCCGGCUUGGCCCGCGAUGCCGACGAGAAUCUGGACGUCACGGACGACAUUCCCAGCAAGCGGAGGCGCAGCUCGUGCCACCGGGAGGACACGGAGAAGGUGUACACCUCGGAGCUCACGGUGUUCGAUAAAAACAGACGGUGCCAGCUGCUGGACGGCGAGUACGAGGUGGCCAUGCAGGAGCUGGAGGACUGCCACAUCAGCAAAAAGAGGGCGACGUGGGAGACCUUCCUGGAGGGCAAGAAGCUGCCACCGCUCGAGACGUUCACUCAGGGCCCCACGCUGCAGUUCACGCUGCGCUGGACCGGGGGUGCCAUGGACAAGGCGUUCACUCCCAGCGCCAAGCCGCUCACUCCGCGCAACAUCGUCGACCCCUCCGCGUCCGCCGAUGGCCGCAACGCCGCCACACAGAAGCCGGCCGCCCCCACCGGAACCUCAGGAGUGAAGGACCAGCUGUCGUCCAGUGUCCAGGUGAAGAAGGAGCCGGGGCAAAUGGAACCUCAGAAGAAGCUCAGAAUAUACUACCAGUUUUUGUACAACAACAACCUGCGGCAGCAGACGGAGGCGCGUGACGACGUCCACUGCCCCUGGUGCACGCUCAACUGUGGCAAGCUCUACAGCCUGCUCAAGCACCUCAAGCUGUGCCACGGCCGAUUCAUCUUCAACUAUGUGCUAUGGGAGGAAGCCGGAGAACUGGGAGGAAACCCAUGCAGAACAGGGAGAGAACAUACACACUCCACACAGCAAGGCGGCGCCCGAGUUGGAAAUCGAACCCAGCCUCUCACCAAAGGUGCUCGCAUCGACGUGUCCGUCAACGAGUGCUAUGACGGCUCGUACGCUGGCAAUCCGCAGGACAUCCACUCCCAGCCGGGGUUUGCCUUCAGCAGAAAUGGGCCCGUCAAGAGAACGCCCGUCACCUACAUCCUUGUGUGCCGGCCGAAGCGGCCGAAGCCGAGCCUGUCAGAGUUCCUCGAGUCGGACGAGCUGGAGGUGGAGCAGCAGCGUCCUUACGUGAGCGGCCACGACCGUCUCUACUUCCACAGCGACACCUGCCUCCCGCUGAGGCCGCAAGAGAUGGACGAGGACAGCGAGGACGAGAAUGACCCCGAGUGGCUCCGCGAGAAAACCGUGCUGCAAAUUGACGAGUUCAUGGACGUGAACGAGGGGGAGAAGGAGCUGAUGAAAAUGUGGAACCUGCACGUGAUGAAACACGGCUUUGGAAGGAAACUGCAGAACCCGGAAGAAAUCCAUGCAGAACAGGGGGAAAACACACAAACUCCCCACACAAAGGCACCCGAGUCGGGAAACGAAUCCAGGCCCUUCUUGCUCUUCAUCGCGGACAGCCAGAUGCACGGAGCGGUGCUGCUGUUUGUGGAGCAGUGGGGGCCGCGCCUGCUGGAGAUGGGCCUCUUCCAAAACCUGCUGCUGCACCUCAUCAGUCUGCACGACUUCAACCUCAUCGGGCAGGCGAGCGUGCAGGCCGCCAUGCUGCGCCUGCGCCGCCUACGACAGCGCCACCUGGCAGCGCUGGAGCAGCAGCGAACUGGAGGGCCGCCCCCCCGUGGCCUGGAGGGCUCGUCGGUUGCCGGGGAGACGGUAUCCACGGAAACGGAGAAGAGCAGCCCCUCUCCGGCGCCGCCGCCUCCGUCGCCGUCGGAGGGCAGCGGCUGCCCCUCGCCCGACGCCGACCCCUGCACCGCUGCGUCGCCCGAAGGCAGCGGAGACUCGGUGGGGCCGGAACGCAGCUAGUGCCGCCGAGGCACACGGCAACGACGAUGUCGCCGGUGACGGGGCCGUGUUGAGGGUGGGGGCUGGGGGGGGGGGCGGCAACCGCAGGCACUGGACCACCGAGACACGGGGGAGGGGGUGUGCGACGACGGACGCGGAGCCGACACCCCGGCCGUGACCCCUGAGAGGAGAGUGGUCAAAACCGGAUUGUAUCGGUCCUCGUGGAUUUCUGGGAUGUGGUGGGGGGGAGAUGGGGGACGGAUGUUCCUUUUUUAUCGUUGUGUUUUAAUGCGAGUUAUUGUUUUUGUUGUCACCUUUCAACAGAGAGUAAAAUAUAGGAGGAAAACAGGAGAGGUGUAAAACUGCCCCACGUUUUCCCUUGGGUCUGCUUGAGACGAGCGUUGUUCACUCAAGGAGGUGGCGGGCUAAGGCAAAUUCAGGGCAACUGUGGCCCACAAUAGUUGACGCGUAAUUUUAUGUUCCAAACAAUUCAGUGGCCCAGAUCUGGACAAAUCGGAUCAGUGUUUCCGCCUGUGGGUGAGACCGGGAUGGCAGGUGGAGUUCACAUUACUACCCAAGGUUGUGUGCUCUGUAGACCAACAAUUUUUCAUUGAACGUGCUAUUAAACAAACUCUUGUUUUCAUUGACUGUUCAUUGACUAUAUAAUUUUAAGGCAGUUGCGCAAAGUAAAUAUGUUGCUCGUGAUAACUCUUGGCAACAGUUGCCCUAAAGCUGUCCUAGUGUGUCAUGGCCUUAAUGUUUAUGAGUUGAAAGUGGGAGGGGGGGGGUGGUCACGAUGACACGGGCGGGUUUGCGAUGGUGCUCUCUUUAUCUCUCUCAGUGCUGUGUUCUCGGAGGAAAUUAAAUGGCGAGGGCAGAAUGAGCGAUGCUAAUCGGCGUCGCUUCUCGUCCGAUGACACGGUGUGAUCUCCCUGAUUGGCCACAUUGAGACGUCGUGCUCCCAAGAGGUCCACGAGCGUGACAACUGGGAGGGGGUCGCCCUCCGUAAUGCCUCACCGCUCCACCCUAACUUUGUUUUUGCCAAUCAAGGGACGUUUUACAUCCUUUCAAAAUUGUGUCACGGUGAAAUGAAUUGGCUAAGGCUACCGUGAGCGCAGACUUCGAAUUCCGUGCUGCAGCCUUCGAAUUCCCGUGCUGCAGCCUUCGAAUUCCGUGCUGCAGCUUUGUCGCCGCGGCAACGUGUCCCGGGGGGGGGGGGGGGGGGUCUGAGGCUCGCACCGCCCGAUGCCGUUGUACCUGGAGACCAACGUUGUGUGGCAUUCCCAAGUGGAAGUGCCUUGGUCAUGUCGCACUGCUUAAACACAAAUUCAAAGGUAGGGUGGUGAAGUUGUGUGGGGUAUUGCAUCUUAAUUCUCCUACGUGGCCACAUCGAUUUAGCCCUGGGGGGGGUCGCUCCGUGUCGAUGACCGUUACAGCGCCUCGUCUGCCUGUCGGACGCUUAAGAGGCGGGGGGGGCGCCCUCGACUUCAAUGAAAUCAGUUUUUUUUUAAAGUGCGAGUCACAUGCUGCUGUUGAAAAACAAAAACAAAGCCUUUCCCAAUAAUUUAUUCACGCUCACGUGUGCUCCACACUGGCUUGUUACUUGAAAACCUGAAAUUCCCGCGCGUCAUGGUGGGGUUGGGAGGCUGCGCGCUCGUCGCCCCAACUCUUGGGCGCAGCUCCCACCGGCCGUGCGUUCGCCAUAGCCGACGAUUGGUGCUGUGUGUCCCGGCAAAACCGCUCCACUGAAGCUGCUCGCCUUCGGCUGAGCGGACGUAUGAAGGCCCGAUGUGUUGUUCGGUGUCCCUCCACGGCUGCUUUCGAAGAAGUGUAAAAAACAGAUAACCGAUCGGUGCUGCAUCGUUAUUUGCCUGCGUUGUGCGCAUUUCCGCACGUAGUAUCCGCGAGCCUGGAGACGGCAUUUUCCGUCUCCGGGCUUUCGGUGGAAAUCGGCUGAUGUUGAAAUCUGCGCGUGGAGACGCGGGCACUGUCGGGGGUUGCGAGUCAACGGAUCGAGCGUUCUUCCCGCACGACAGCACGCUCGGGCCUGCAGCUCCAUUCCUUUGCAGCGGAUUGCCUAUAUAAAGUACCUUAGCAGGAGAUAAAAGUACUUUAUAAAACACGUAUUGCUUUUGGUUUAACAAUUUUUUUUUUUAGCUUCGCCGUGGAACUGCCGGCGUAAUUUUAUUUGCAGUGUGUAAAACCACCACCUCGAUCUAGAUAGCCAUAGUCAAAAGUGGUGAGUGAACUGAAGCACCGGUUUAUGAAUCGAUCGGUACCAAAGUACUCUUAAGAUAGGUGUGCGUGGGUGCAAGAUAAUCCUCGGACAAGUGCACACUCUGGGAGGGUAGGGCAGAUGGGGGGGGGGGGGGGGAAUGCAUUUUAGCAGCAUUUUAAGAAGCAGCUCGUCAACGAUGCCCACGCGAGAACAUCACCCCGCGGGGUCUUUACGGUGGGAGCUUUGUCCAUGCCAACUUGAACUGUGCUACAAAACGUUGGAUGACGUACGGGGGGCUCCGACACCCCGCGUGGAGGAUCUGGUGUGGCGUUGAGCUCCGGGAUGCGAGCAAAACUCUUUUACAUUUAGGUGUGGUUGUUUCUGGGACUUAAAAAAAAAACUAAAGUAUAAAUUGAUGAUGCAAGUGGACCACACUGUGGAGGAGUGUUGGCAGCACAUUUCGUAAUGUACUUGCGGUGGGAUGAUUUCACUGUGGUGCUAUUCGUGAUCUACAGUACGUUCCGUGUUAGUCGUCGUCGUCGUGUGCGCGGUUGCAUGUGCGUGCGCGCGCCCCCGUGCGUCACCUCGGCCGCUCCGCCGUGUGGCGCCUUCUCUCGCCCGCCUCCGCCGGCGUGCGUGUGCCCGCCCAAGUCGUCCAUUGAACCGGGACCGUCGAUAAUGCCCUCUUGCCCAGAAGCCAAAUUGAGAUUUGCUGCCAUCGCCAUAACACUAACCGAUCAGUAUCACGAUUCUGAACGAUUGCUGCACGGGUCGCAGUCGUUAUCGAUGUCUCGUUCGGCAAAUUUGGGAUUCUGCGGCCUGCGCAUGACGGAGGGCCGCUCGGUCCCCCCGCUGGGCCGUGGCGCCACGCUAUCGCAUGAGAGCGGACGUGGGCGACGAGGCCGAGGUGAGCGUGUUGGGCCGCCCGCUCGCCCGUCCCUGCGCUGCGGCUGUCACAAUAACGAAUCAUAGGCAGCCUUCAAUAACGUACCGACGCGCGUGUGUUUUGUUAUCGAGUGGUGGUGAUGGGCGGUGGGUGGGGUGGGGGGUUUGUGGGGAGGGGUGGGGGUGGGCUUCGUGUGGGGGGUGCAGGUGACAGGUGUGGAUAGGUUUUUUUAAUUGUGUAAAGACAAAACAAAUCUGUUGAGGUUGUGAUUUGUGUUUUGCCACUGUACCGUUUGUGUGACGGGCGGCGGCUCCGUUUGGGUGCUCUCUGCCGAGUGAGGACGUCGAGGGGCACGAGCCUCUCUCGUGCCUCGGCCGGCUCGCUGACGGAGUCGGCGAGGGUCGCGUUUGCCCGCGGGUGUCCUUCGUGCGGCGCCGCAGCACGACUGGUGAUCUCUCCCGCUCGGAGGUGGCUUCCCUUGGCUGGAAUAAAUUUCACUGCAUGUAAAAUAGGUUUGCAGUGCUGUACAGUGUGUACUUUAGAGCUUUAUACUCGUGAAUUACGGUCAUCACUUUUUUCACAAACUUUUGGAUUAUGGUAAAGACUGCCCUGUAUCUUGUAUGGUUUGGCUAUUUUUUUUGUUUCCUCUGGUGCAAGUUUGCUCAGUCUUUAAUUUUCUUUAAUUGAUUCAAGGUCGAUGUAUGUGAACACAUUUUUACUUGAAUGUCGAGAGACUUUGAGGAACAUUUCACACCUGCGAGCAUAGCUCCAUUCUGUUGGGAAGGCGCACCCAUUUCUGGUUUUGCGGCUCACCGGCAAACGCUGCAGGUUACGGAUAAAUGGAGUCGGUGCACGGCAGCUCGUGGGGGCGACGCUCGUGCGAGUGUUGCGCUGGAAACAAACGUGGAGCGGCCUGCGAAGGCUGGGCAGGCUUCCUCUCACCCAGGGAACGGGAGCUGAGCCGCAGAGUUUUGAUGCAUAUUAGGACAUCGAAUGAGCAGGUGAAUAUGCAAUAUUAGAAAUAUUGUAAAUGCUUGAAGAUAAAUCCACAGGAAGAGUAAUACCAACACUACUCAGAGAUUUCUUGAAAUAGAAUUUAUAUAUUUUCAAAAAGAAAGUCUGCUCUAGACAUACUUUUUUUGCAUUGGAAACAAAACAUGCACACUUUGUUUUAGCAAUCGGUGGCCAAAAUUUCACGUUAAUUUUUUUUAUUUCCUUCGUAUGCCGUGGCACAAUUGGCUCCGCCAAUCAGUUGAGAUGCAAGCGUUCGUUUGGUUUCACCGCGCGCACGCACGCAGCGUUAUGCAUUUCUUUCCUCCAAACGCGGCCGUCUAUUUGGUGGGAGGGUUUUGUACGCGCGUGUAUUUUUAAGUUGGGGUGGGGUGGACUUCUAUUUAAGGCGUUAGUGACGACUCUGGUGACCUUUGUUCAGUCGAAAGAAGCUUUGGAAAUUUUUCAUCAUUGAGACAACUUGGCCGGCUUUCGACUUUGAUAACAACAACAAAUUCUCCCCAGAGGUCUUUUCACUCUUUUGUAGUCUCUUGCUUACAACUUAUGAGUUAUGAAUUAAAUGUAUUCCUUCUUGUAAUAAAGUUGUUUCCCAGUUUACCCAAUGUAAAACCUUUUAUGUAAGUUAAAUUCAUUUAUUAAUAAGAAAAAUAUAAAAAAAACUUACAAAAAAAUUACUAACAAAUUGUAAAAAAAAAAGUCUCCCAUGUAAAAAGUCUCUUUGUUUGUCACGUUUGUAUUUGUAUGGCCCUUAUUUUUAAUCAAUGUUUAAAAUUGUUCCAAAGUCAGCUGCAACUUUUGUUUAAACAGCUCAGAAAAAAACUUUCAAAGCAGCCUUUUGCUGUUUCCAGAGGUGAUUUACUGUAUUCUAUUUAAAUGUGACGAACUGUUUUGGUACAGUUUCAUAUCUGCUGUCUGCAAAUUGUCUUCAGUUUUUUUUUGUGUAAAAAAAAAUCAACAGUAAUAAAUUUGAGUGCUUUUUUGUA